AAUGAAAAGCCUUUAAAUCUUCUGCGUUUCAGUAUUAUUUUGUAAACAAAGAAUUAUGAUUUUCAUUUUCAAAUUUUUAACUUGAUCUUGGGACAAUUUCUUGAAAGUGAAGUUUUUACCUUUAUCUGAUGAAAAUGUUAAAGAAUUACUUCAAAGAUACUGUCAAUAUGGUUUUAAAGCGAAAUCAGCGGUUGCUUGUUGUCUAAGCCUAUGUUGGAAACAUGUGUGACUUAUGUGUACAGAUAAAAAUUCCAUAUAACUAUAUUAUUUAAAUUUGAUGCUAAAAUGGAAGACUUAAGUAAUCAAUUUACAAUUGAAAAUAUAGAACGUACACUUCAUCAUUUUUAUCACGAUGCAGAAAGUCAGGCUCAAGCUAAUAAAUUUUUAAUAUCUGCUCAAACAUCACCUGAAGCAUGGCAGUUUGCUUGGCAGCUAUUGUAUCCAACAAAACCUUAUGAAGCUCAGUUUUUUGGUGCUUGCACUCUACAUGCAAAAGUUUCUAAACAAUGGAAUGAAUUGCCUUCUGAUCAUUAUGGCCCACUGAGAGAUAGGUUAUUAGCUGCAUUGUUUACCUACACAACUGGUCCUAAAGUCAUUUUAACUAGACUUUGUAUCGCAAUGUCUUCUUUUAUUAUUCAAACAAUUACAGAUUUUUGGCCAAGUGCAAUAUCUGAUGUAAUGUCUGCGUUUCAACCUCAAAACAUUCCAAAUGCUAGUCCUCAGCAAGUUGCACAUGUUUUACUUGAAUUGUUAACUGUUUUGUCUGAAGAAUUUCAAACUACUCAUUUGGCACAAGCGCGUGUGGGUAUUGUAAGAAAUUGUCUUCGGCAGUCUCUAGAUCUAGUAAUGAAUCUGGUACAAAGUAUUUUAUCUAAAACUUCUGCUCCAGCAGAUUUAUGUGAAAUGUCUUUAAAAUGCUAUUCAAGUUGGGCAUUGCUAGGACCUGCAGUUCUUGAAUACAAGGCCUUGCUAUUUCUUGCAUUUGAUUCUGUUUACCGAGAUGAAAUUAGUCAGACAGCUCUUGAAACUCUCACCAACAUUGCUAAUCAUCCUGAAUCAUCGAAGCAUCCUUCUUUAAUUUUAGAAAUGAUUGAACAUAUUACCAAAUUUGAUGAACUAUUGAAGAAAGCUAGUCAAGAUUAUGAUAUGGAUAAACUCAAUAGUUUAUAUGGUUUGAUUAUUAAUGUAGGAGAAAAUCAUUGCCACUUACUUCUUGACACUGUAAUUAAUAAGCCUCAAAAGAAAGAUAUGAUUCUAAAGUUUAUUGGUUAUAUACUGCAAUGUAGUUCAACUCCUGGACAGUAUCCAAUUGAUGAAAUAUGUAGUGAACAAGCUUUUGGGUUUUGGUAUACUCUUCAAGAUGCCAUUACAACAUCUGAAAAAAAUUUUGAACACCUUCUUCUAAUAUUUCAUCCAGUUUUUCAAGCUUUAUUAGAUGCAUAUCUAGUAAAGUUAAGGUAUCCACCUGAGAAUGUAUAUAAACAGUGGAAAUCAGAUGAAAGAGAAUCAUUUCGGUGCUAUCGACAAGAUAUUGGAGAUUCUAUAAUGUAUUGUUACAAUAUUCUUAGGACAGCUGCUUUAGCUAAUUUAAUGGCCCAUUUGAACAUUGCAACAACAACUGCUACUAAUAAUCCUUCGCAGUGGCAGUAUUUAGAAGCUUGCCUUUUUGCCUUCAAAGAAGUGUCUGAAAGUGUAGAUGUAAAAGAAAAUCAGUUUAUACCUGUAUUUAUGAACCAUUUACAGAAUAUACCCUUGCAACACAUAAGAAUAAUAUCUGCAGCCAUGGAAGCAAUAGGUGCUUUUGCUGAAUGGAUUAAUGCUCAUCCUAAUGUACUGGGUUGUGUUAUACCACUGCUCUUAAUGGGUUUACAAAAUGCUGAUGUGGCAAUAUCUGCUACAUUUGCCCUUAAAGAUAUCAGUAGAGAUUGUUAUUCUUCAAUGCAACCAUUUGCUGAACAGAUUCUUCAUACUUGCUUGGAUGCACUAAAAGGAAAUAUUUUAAAAUUAAGAGAAAAAGUACGGAUCAUAGCGACCAUUGGCAAAGUUCUUUCAAUAAUGCCCUAUUCUUAUAUUAUGGAUUAUUUGGAUACUCUAUUACCACCGAUAUUUAAUGAGUUACAGGAACAUCUCUGCUGCAAAGAAGCAACUAUCAACAGUGCUGCAAUCAUUGUGCAUGAUUUACACAUGCUCUCUAUGUUAUUUGCUACGCUUGAUACUCAUUAUGGUUCAGAUCCAGAAGGAGAAGAAUCUGAACCUGAAUCUUCUGAGAUCCAGAAAGCAAAUCUUAAACUACCCCAACCUGUUCUUCAUGUUUUAGAAAAGUUGUUAAUUGUCUUCCGAACUGCAGGCAAUAGCUGGGAGGUUAAGGAGCAAAUUACUGAGGCAUUAUGUGAAUGUUUAAAACGAGCUGUGUCCAUGUUAACAGAUAAAUGCAAGAUGUUUUUGCCUGACAUGUUGAAUCUACUUUUGCAUUUGUACAAACAUUGUCCUCAUCAUUCAGUUCUGGAUAUGACUAAGCAGUUACUGAUUUUAUUUGCCAAUGAUGAGGAUGAAAGAGAAGCAUUGUCGAAGUAUUUUGCUGAAAUUUGUGAUCACACCAUUCAAAUUUCAAUGAAAGACUUUAGAGAAAGCACUACAGUGAUUGAAUCGUUUUUACAAGUAUUAGAUCAAAUAAUACGAAGGGCAAUAAUAUUUUUCAAGGCUGAAUCUGUUAAUCCAUUGGUAUUAUUUCAAUUUGGUACUGCUGCUUUAAAUCUUCCUGAGAAACCUACUGUUAGAGCUGCUGCCAGUUUUUUGGCCGAGUUUAUUAUGCACAGUCGAGAGGUUCCUAAUAUGUUGAAUGUUGUGAAUACACAAGGAGAAAUACUAGUGAUGCAAGUUUUAAAGGUCAUUGGUGGUGAUUCUCCUAGAUCUGUGGUAGAGUUUAUGUCAGAUAUUCUCAUGGCUUUUAACAAGAAGUAUUUUGAUAAUUUGUGCCGCUGGUUGGGGCCCUUCAUACAACAAGAGGGUUUUCCAUCUUUCAGAGUUACACAACGCCAAAAAGAAGAAUUUGCACGAUUAAUAUUAAAGGAAAGGACGAAUAAACGAAGAUUAAAAGAAACUGUAACUGAAUUUAGCCUUCUUUGCCGUGGACUUAUUGGCACAGAAUAUGCUGCUCAGUCUUAUCAGUCAUUAUCUUGACUUUGAUAUGUUUAAUAGAGUAUUAACUUAUUUCUUUGGAGAUCUAUUUUCGUAUUCUAGAUCUGAGCUAGUCCUUUAAUUCCAUUCAGUGUCAUACUUCCAUUCAUAUAUGCCUUGAAUCAUGACAGAUGUGAACAUAAGUUCAUUGUUCAUGUAUAUUUUGUAAAAUGGUUAUUAAAGAAAUUGGAAACUCA